GUCCCCCCCUGCAUAGGAGUUAUUUUCAUCAUGGCCGUGCAUUGUGAUACACGUGGGUGAUUCAUUCAAUAAAGGAAGAAAAACUCUUAUCUAAAUAUAUCAACUGUCACGCAAAGUCACCAAUCUUAGAAUAAUGGGUGCAUAUCUUUCUGCACCCGUCACUGACAAGAUAUCUGUCGAUGGAGGCAAGGAUAAAUUGAAAUAUGGAGCGUCAUCCAUGCAGGGUUGGCGGAUUUCUCAAGAAGAUUCCCACAACUGUUGCCUAGAUUUUGAUCCAGAAUCCCAGACCAGUCUAUUUGCUGUUUAUGAUGGACAUGGAGGUGCUGAGGUGGCACAGUAUUGCUCUUUACACCUCCCAGAGCACAUAAAAAAUACGGUAGCUUAUAAAGAAAACUGUAUUGGCCAAUGUCUAGAAGAUGCCUUCCUCAGUUUUGAUGGUUUACUGACCCAGGAACAUGUUAUUGAGGAGCUACGUCAUAUUGCUGGCAUUGAUGAACAAGAAGAUAUAGAUGGUGAAGAUACAGUUGAAGAAGAAACUGCAUUGCUGUAUAAAGAGGCAACCAUGCCAUUGGAAGAAAUCUUAAAGAAAUAUGAAGAUAAAGAAGAGAAGGAAAAUAAAAUGUUGAACAAUAUUCGAAAAGUGUGUAAAAAAGAAGGUAUUCAGUCCCCCGCUGUUCCAAGAAAAAAACCCAAUCUGACAUCCAAUUCAGACAAUGUAGAAAACUUGAAUGGAGGAAUCAGUGACACCAAUGAUGAGACCAAACAAAAUUUACUUGCCAAACUGGUUAAUGGACACCCAGAAAAUGAAAACAAUGAAAAUAUUGAAAAAGAGCAAAUUGAUAGGAACAAUAGGACAUUACAGACUGAAGCCACUUCCCAACCCAAUAGAUCUGACACAUCACAGCCUUCAUCUUCAAAUUAUAAGAACUUGGCCCAAGACACACACCCCUCCAACUCUGGGAGUUCGAGCUUUGCAGGAGGAUCUGGGGAUGGUGCUGUUGAAGGAUCCUCUAACAAAAGUCCAGACACAGAGGACAAACCUGGUCCAUCAUCAUCAUCUUCAUCUGCAGCAGAGGAACCUGGUCCAUCUGGAUCUGGAAGCUCAUCUGGUCCAAGUACAGCUGCCAGUUCUUCUGGCGCCAGUGGUCCUCCAGCAGUGCUGGAUGACAGUGAAGAGGAUAGUGAGGAUGAUGAGGAUGAAGAAGAGAACUUUGAAGAUGAGGAGGAUGACAGUGAAGAUGACGAGGAUGAUGAAGAUGAGGAUGAUAAAGAUGAGGAUGAUAUAGAAGGAGCACCCAUAUUUAUGGAAAAAGAAGAACCUGGCAGUGACAGUGGGUGCACGGCAGUGGUAGCGUUGUUGCGUGGUAACGAGCUGUACGUGGCCAAUGCUGGAGAUUCAAGAUGUGUGGUGUCCAGGGAAGGGUCAGCAGUAGACAUGUCAUUUGAUCACAAGCCAGAGGAUGAGCCUGAGAAAUCUAGGAUAGAGAAGGCUGGUGGAAAAGUUACGGCAGAUGGACGUGUGAAUGGUGGUCUCAAUUUAUCACGUGCAAUAGGUGAUCACUGUUACAAGAGGAAUACAGAUCUUCCACCAAAAGAGCAGAUGAUCACAGCAUUGCCUGACAUCAAGUCUGUUGUACUGGAUGAGAAAGAUGAAUUUAUGGUCAUUGCAUGUGAUGGUAUAUGGAAUUUCAUGACUAGCCAAGAUGUCAUAGAUUUUGUAAGAGAUAGGUUGGGUAAACAAGAGAAAAUUUCCAAGAUCUGUGAAGAGUUAUUUGACCACUGCUUAGCACCACACACAUAUGGCGAUGGGACAGGAUGUGAUAAUAUGACAGCUAUAAUUGUCACCUUUAAGGAUGUAGAAAAGGUGGCCGGCAAUAAACGUUCUAUACAGGAAAUAUUGUCCGAAGAUCAGGAACAAAAUAAAGAAAAGAAAGCCAAAACUGAGACUAGUAGUGAGCCUACAGAUGCCUGUACUCAAAGGGCUGCUGAUGAUAGUAAGCCAACAUCCAGUGAUCAGUCCAGUUUACCAGUAUAAUCAUCAUAAUGUCUAUAUUUUGAUAUCGUUGAAAUCGGUUCUUCCCACAUCUUCAACACCAGAGCUUGUAAAUUUGUAUGUUAAACUGUGCGUGAAAACAUUUGUUGUAACUGCAAAGACUAGGCAGAUUUUCCUCCCAAAAUUUCUCUGUUCUAGAAAGAAGCUGAAGUAUCUCUUUACCUUGGGAAUGGAUGUUGAUGUUUUUUCAUCUUAUAUGCACAUUGCUUUGGGGUUGUAAGGAGCUCCAGGUUUUCAUUUAGUUACCUUGUCUGAUAGAUGAAACAGUGAAACUUCUUCACAAAGUGGGAAGUUGAUAUCCGUGGCUUGGUGAAUACUAACACCAGAAUGACUGGUUGUGUAGUCUAGUGCAUACAUGACAAUGUAAAUGUGUCUUUGACGUUUGUUAAAACAUAGUGAAAUGUUCAAGUGUAAUUUGAUUACAAUUUUAAGAAAAAAAUUGAAAGAUGGUUCCAGGAACUUAAAAUAUUAUGUACAUAUUGAAAAAGAAUGGAUGAAUGAAAAUUUGUCAUUGAUAAUGUGAAGGAUUUUGUCUUAAGAAUAAUUCUUUAUUAAAGUGGAAAUACAUGUACAUGUGGACAGCUUUAUUCUUUGUACCGAAAUGUUAUUUUACUGUACUUUUUAUGUAUCAACUGAGCAUUAGUAAAAAUAAACCUUAAGUGCAACUUUU